AUGUCACUCCCUAUGCCCGGGGGUGGUUCUGCACUGGUGACUCCACAGAAACGUACAGCUCCAUCUUCAGAGCCAUCGUCGACGGCAUCGGCCCCAAAACCAAAAGUGCCCAAGAUGACCAAAGAGGAGUUGCUACAGAAGUUCAAGCUGGCUGCAGAGCUAAACGGGCUGGCUUGGGAAGAGUUUGCAGCGGAUAUCUCAACAUCGGCAGGUAUGUCAUCGGUGGCCCCUAGUGAGCCUGAAGAUCUCGAUGGUGAGGUGCUAUCUGACGAUGCCUUGGCACAGCUUGAACAGGCUGUUGAGAUGGAAAUGGAAGCCAAAGAGGUGUUGAGGGUGCAGGAAGAACACAGGGCAGCCACAGCAGCAGUGGCAGCUCAAGCACUCCUUCAGCACCCUGCAGCCCAUCCUGGUGUGGCUCAUCCAGCUGAUCAGCAGCAGGUGGUGCCCAAAGCUCUAGCGCAACAUCCAGUCAAGCCCAAGGUCAACAAGCUCAGGCCCAUCCUGGAGUUCAACCUGUACAAGCACCUGCUGUGCCUGCGCCUCAACAUCCUGGAGUUCAACCUGCCCAAGGACAACAGCCUGCAGCUCAUCCUGGAGUUCAACCUGUACAAGCACCUGCUGUGCCUGCGUCUCAACAUCCUGGAGUUCAACCUGGCCAAGGACAACAGCCUGCGGCCCAUCCUGGAGUUCAACCUGGAGUUCAGCCUGCCCAAGGUCAACAGCCUGCGGCCCAUCCUGAAGUUCAACCUGUGCAAGCACCUGCUGCGCCUGCGCCUCAACAUCCUGGAGUUCAACCUGGCCAAGGAGUUCAACCUGGAGUUCAGCCUGCCCAAGGUCAACAGACUUCGGCCCAUCCUCAAGGUCAACCUGGAGUUCAGCCUGCCCAAGGUCAACAGACUUCGGCACAUCCUGCCCAGCAGACUUCGGAUCAGCAACCUGCUGUGCCUGCAGUUCAACAUCCUGGAGUUCAGCCUGCUCAAACCCAAGGUCAACAGACUUCGGCCCAUCCUGCCCAGCAGACUUCGGAUCAGCAACCUGCUGUGCCUGCAGUUCAACAUCCUGGAGUUCAGCCUGCUCAAGCCCAAGGUCAACAGACUUCGGCCCAUCCUGCCCAGCAGACUUCGGAUCAGCAACCUGCUGUGCCUGCAGUUCAACAUCCUGGAGUUCAGCCUGCUCAAGCCCAAGGUCAUCAGACUUCGGCCCAUCCUGCCCCUGCUGUGCCUGCAGUUCAACAUCCUGGAGUUGAUCCUGCUCAAGCCCAAGGUCAACAGACUCCGGCCCAUCCUGAAGUUCAACCAGCUCAAGCCCAUGGAGGUCAACAGACAUCAGCCCAGCAACCUGCUAUUCCUGCGUCUCAACAUCCUGGAGUUCAACCUGACCAAGGACAACAGCCUGCAGCCCAACCUGGAGUUCAACCUGCUCAAGCACUUGUGCCUGCCUCUCAGCAUCCUGGAGUUCAACCUGACCAAGGACAACAGCCUGCAGCCCAACCUGGAGUUCAACCUGCUCAAGCCCAUGGAGGUCAACAGGCCCCUGCCGACCCUGCAGUUCAACCUGCUCAAGCCCAAGGUCAACAGACUUCGGCUCCUGUGGUUCAGCAACCUGGGGUAG